UUUGCAUUAACAGGUGCCUCAGUCUGGGGACAACAACACUGUGAUAGAGGAUACUGUGUUACUCUCAGUGAGCGAGAACUAACAGCAGAGGCUGGACUCUGUGUUGUGAUCCCGUGUUCUUUCACUACUGCUGAUGACUUUAUACUCAAACAUAUAGUUUGGUACAAAUGUGAAGCAUCUAAAAGAAGCUGUAGUGAUGAUGAAAUAAUAUUUCACAGCAACAAAAACACAGACAAAAAAGCUCAGUCUGGGUUUAAAGGACGAGUGUCAUGUUUGGAGCCUGAUGUGAGUCAGAACAACUGCAGCAUCAUCAUUAAUGAUCUCAAAGAGUCUGAUUCUGGAUCAUAUCAGCUCAGAGUUACUGGUGUACGGGACGGAACACAAGAUGGAUUCACAUUCAGUCAGAGAGUAACUGUCUCUGUUAAAGGUAUUGAACAGAAGCCCACAGUAAUGAUUCCCACACUGACAGAGGGACAGCAGGCCACACUGACCUGCACUGCUCCUGGUCUCUGCUCUGGAUCUAUUCCUGAAAUCACCUGGACAUGGAGAGGAGCAGGAGGGACUGAAUCUUACAUUACAGGAAACAGGACUGAUUACAAGACUGAGAAUCUGAUGGCUCUCACACAGAGACACAUCUCAACUUUGACCUUUAACCCUUCAGCUGAACACCACAACACCAAUGUCACCUGUAAAAUCCACUUCACAGGUGAAGCGACUGCAGAAAAGACUUCAGGUUUGAAUGUAAACUAUAAAAGGAAACCUCAGAUCACUGGGAAUACAACUGUUAAAGAGGGUGAUGAUCUCAAUCUGACCUGCAGUGUUGAAAGUUUCCCUCCAGCUCUUACUUCAUGGGAAAAACUUAGCUCCUAUAAAACCCUGCACAAAUACACUGGAUCAGCUACACUUGUCGUUUAUAAUGUGACAAAAGAGCAUUCAGGACAGUACAUCUGUGCAGCGAAAUAUUUAAACACAACUGUGACAUCAGAUGUCAAUGUGACUGUGACUUGGUUUUCAAAGAUCCAGGAUGGCUCUGGAUGUGUGCUUCAGUCAGAGGUUUUGACCUGUGUGUGUAUCAGUGAAGGGUUUCCUUUACCUGCAAUCAAAUGGCCGAUCCUGAAGAUCCACACUGAGUACUUGAUUACUACUACUGUCUUUAACCACACAGUCAACAGCACUGUCAGUCUCCCUUCAAAAAACCAUGGCAACAGCACUGUUGAAUGUGUCAGUAACAAUGGACAAGGGGAAACAAGAGAAAAUCUACUCAUCUGUAAUAGCUUCCCUGAAAAACAUGUUCUGUGCAAUUAUGUUCUGGGUGUUGUAGAAGUAGUUCGGUGCUGA